AUGUCAAUUACACCUGAUACACCGAACCUUUGCUACAACUUUGUGAAGGUUGCCCAGCUUGUGGCAAAAAUGGGGCCCGAGGGUGAGAGAGAGUUUAAGGAAAAGGUCAAGUUGGAUCCGAAGUACUCGUUCCUCUUUGGCGGCCCGUACUUCGACUCCUACCAGAAGCACUUGCAUGAUGCGAGGGAUGUCUUGAUGCGACAGGAGCAGCAGCUCCAUAGUCGUGCCAACAAUGGCCUUCCUCCAAGUGGUGUUCCAGUGGCUCAGUAUAAUCCAUCAUCUGGAACCUCACUCCCGGCUGCACCUGUAUUCUCGCAUUUGGCUCAACCUGCAUCCUCUCACUUGGCUCAACCUGCAUCCUCUCCCUUGGCUCAACCUGCAUCCUCUCCCUUGGCUCAACCUGCAUCCUCUCCCUUGGCUCAACCUGCAUCCUCUCACUUGGGCCCCCCUAUAUCUACUUGCUUGGCCCCACCUUCACACAUGCCUCCUCCAGCAACUGCAUUGUCCCUGCCCCAACCGGUUCCCCCAUUGGGGAACACAGCCGACCAAUGGUUCACCCAAAUUCAGCAGCUUCAAGAGCAGAUCUCCAGGAGCGAACAGAACCUUGUGGCUCAGCAUAAGACACUCAUGCAGCAGCAGCAAAUCCAGAUCUAUGAUACCUUCAAGAAGAUCCUCCAGCCCAUCAUCAACUCCUGCACCAAGGACUCCAUCUCCCGCGGGAAGGCAUGGAUCCUGUCGCACGCCACCACUUCCAGUUUCUGUGAACUGGCCCCUCGUUAUCUCAUCAACAAAAUCAUAGAGCCUGGAGCCACAUUUAGUCUCAAGAUGCAUCUCAUUUACCUCAUUAACAACCUGCUGCAUCACUGCGUUAGAAAGGACUUGCAAAAAUCUUUCAUGGAGAUGGCAGUCACGCCCAUGUUCUGCAAUGCCUGGUUCUCUGCCCCCGAGAACGAGGAGAGGCUUGAAAACCUUCUAUACUUUAUGCUUUUCCCGAAAAUGGUGAAGGAAAUGGAAGCAUCACACAAGGAGGAGAAGGAGAAGGCGAGGCAGACGAACGAAAACUUGCAGGAGGAGCUUAGAAUCCUCACUCAGCAGAGGGAUGAGAUGAAGGCCCAGAAGGAGAAGGCGAGGCAGACGAACGAAAACUUGCAGGAGGGGCUUAGAAUCCUCACUCAGCAGAGGGAUGAGAUGAAGGCCCAGAAGGAGAAGGCCAAGGCGAAGCUCCAGAUGCUGAGAGGGGCAUCUACCCCAGCUGCAAUGGGAGAGAAGUCGUCGAAGAAGAUGAAGUCCCACAACAAGUGUGUGCUUCAGAGUCUCCACAUUUGCAAGCCCCAUGUGACUGAUCGUUGCAGAUGCAGCCGGUUCCAGGGCCAUCGUCUGGUGCAUCUGCCAUAUCUGCCCCUGUGA